AUGGCUGCGCUCAGAGGCAAAGUCGUGACAUUAGCUAGAAAUAGGCUGAUCAAUAAGAUAUCAGACCCCAAAGCUGCAAGUUGUCCAGUACAGUCUCUCGUGAGGAGGAGGUCAAACAAAGUUUCAUGGGACUCUCCAAUUACUUGCCAGGGCAGUCGCAGACUGUUCUGUGCCAACCAAGUAAAGCAACAGAUUCCACUGACACAAGAAGCUGAUAACCAAGACAAAAUUAUUGACAAUCCAUUAAAGCAUGAUGACUACUUUGAUGUGAAAAAAUUGAUAAAAGUGGAGGAACUUUUUGAAGCAGGUGUUCAUUAUGGUCAUAAAUCAGGAGUUCGUAAUGAAUACAUGGUGCCCUACAUAUAUGGUAGCAGGAUGGGAGUUGAUAUUUUGGAUCUUAAACAGACAGUCGAUAACAUGGAAAUAGCAUUAAAUUUUCUAGCACACAUAGCAUAUAGAGGAGGUGUCAUUUUAUUCCUUACAAGACAGGCAUUGAGUAUGCCCUUGGUGGAGAAGACAGCAGAGGAAGCAGGCGAGUACAGUCACUGUAGAUACUGGCGGGGCGGAACCUUUACCAAUGCUAUACAGCAGUUUGGCUCUGUCACACGUCUGCCUGACACUUGUAUUUUCCUCAGUACAUCAAACACUGUAUUUGAACAACAUACUGCCAUCGUUGAAAGUGCGAAGAUGAUGAUUCCUACGAUAGGAAUAGUGGAUACCAACUCGGAUCCAAGGAUCAUCACUUACCCUGUUCCAGGAAAUGAUGAUACAUUAACAUCCAUUGAACUGUAUUGUAGCCUUUUCAAACAGGCUAUAUUAAAAGGCAAAGAAAAACGAAAAGAACAUGGAUUAUAAAAAAAAUGGGUAAAAAUUGUGUUUUUGUUGGAGGGCUUUAUGUAUGACAUUUGACCCUGUUUCAAUUGAACCAUGUAGAUAGCAUUUCCUAGUAAAUAUAAACACUUUGAUUAAAAACAACUGCUUUGUGCCUUUUUUGUCUGUUAGUUAAAGCUGGUAUUUGUUUGGUGAACCAUCAAUCUGUUCCAUGUUAUCUAUUAAAGACAUUAUAAACAUAUACUAGAUAUAUGUCCCGCAGUACUUUAGAUAUAGGGUAGGGGAAAUAAUUUAUUCAUAUUCAGAGUCAGGGGAUAGACUGAUUACAAAACCGUGAAAUAGCAUUAUUUCAUUAUCAUACUGAACAGUGAUAUAUAUAGGUCGGUCUGUUACCAGGCAUGGGCUUAUUGCCAGAUAAAUAUGGUAUGUCUU